AAGGUUCAGCCCCUCCCUGCUGUAUCCUGGAGACACAGAAGGGAGGGAGGGAAAGACAGAUAGGCAGAGAGAGGAUCAGGGUCAGAUGAAUUCCAGUCUGAGUGACGGAGACAGUGUGUGUGAAUGAGGAGGGCGGUGUGUGCAUGUGUGUGAGAGAAGGUGUGUGUGUUUGAGAGAGAGAGAGAGAGAGAGACAGGAGCAAAUUCAGACUGUGGGUGGAAGGGGACAUAAAGAGAGGAAGGAAAGAACAGACAAGGGGACCAGGACUGAGAGGGAAGAUGGCUGAGCCGGAGCUGAAAUCACGCAGCAGUCGCGAGAGUGUUGCCAAGGAGGCGAGUCAGGAGAAGAUAGGGGCAGACCCAGAUCAAGAUGAUCAGAUUGCGGAGCAGCCAGCAUCUCCAUCCACUCCCAUCAUCUCUGCGCCCACCGAUGGCUCACCUACCAAGGGGGAUAAGGUGGUGCUCAAACGCAGCAUCACCCUCUUCAAUGGUGUGGGAAUGAUCAUAGGCACCAUCAUCGGCUCAGGCAUUUUUGUCACUCCAGCAGGUGUGGUGAAAGAGACUGGCUCAGCCGGGCUCUCCCUGAUCAUCUGGUCUGUAUGCGGCCUGGUCUCAACCAUGGGUGCCUUGUGCUACGCUGAGCUGGGCACAACCAUCACUAAGUCAGGGGGGGACUAUACUUACAUUUUGGAGAUCUACGGCGAGCUGGCAGCUUUCCUGAAGCUGUGGGUGGAGAUGCUCAUCAUUCGGCCAUCGUCGCAGUAUGUGGUGUCACUGGUGUUUGCCACCUAUCUGCUGAAGCCGAUCUACCCAAACUGCACUGUGCCCGACAGUGCCGCCAAGCUCAUCGCAUGCACGUGUCUCAUGUUACUGACAUUUGUAAACUGUAUCAGUGUGAGAGCUGCCACCAAGGUCCAGGACUUGUUCACGGCCUCCAAGUUGCUCGCCCUAAUCAUCAUCAUCCUGUUUGGCUUCAUACAGAUUUUUACAGGUGAUGUGCCAUAUUUAACACCAGAAAAGGCGUUUGAAGGCAGCAAAUACGGGGUUGACAACAUUGUCCUGGCUUUAUACAGCGGUCUCUUCGCUUUUGGAGGCUGGAACUACCUGAAUUAUGUAACCGAAGAGAUGAUCAAUCCAGAGAGGAACCUGCCCUUGUCCAUCAUCAUAUCAAUGCCCAUCGUGACCGUGGUGUAUGUUCUGACCAACCUGGCCUACUUCACCACCAUCUCUCCUGAAGUUAUGAUUAGAUCGGAGGCUGUUGCCGUGAGUUUUGGUGAAUACCACCUUGGUGUGAUGUCCUGGUUAAUCCCUGUAUUUGUGGGACUGUCCUGCUUUGGAGCCGUAAACGGAUCCCUCUUCACCUCAGCACGCUUGUUCUACGCUGGAGCUCGAGAGGGUCAACUCCCUGCUGCUCUGGGUCUGGUUCACACAGACCUUUUCACUCCAGUGCCGUCCCUCAUCUUCACAUGUUUGCUGUCCAUGAUGUACUCCAUCUCCAAGGACAUCUUCUCCGUCAUCAACCUCUUCAGCUUUUUCACCUGGCUGUGCGUCGGCAUGGCCAUCGGAGGUUUGAUCUGGCUGCGUUUUACCAAACCCGACCUCAGAAGGCCCAUUAAGGUAGGUGAUGUCUGAGAGGGUUGUAUUACAGGGUGACAGACGUCAGCGUGUUUCACUGGGUGUCUUGUGUCUGUGAAUCUGAAGGAUUCGACUCUCACUGGAAGGUAAACAAACGACGCAAGAUCGACCUGAACUUCUACCAGUUUCUCUGUCUGCCCAAAAACAUAAACAUGUUUUUUUUUUAUAUCCCAGCAUUUAUUGUAUCACUGGAACCCUACUGUGCACUCAGGAUGGGAGUGGUGUUUUUACAAAUACAUGGCUCUUUGUUUCUGUUUCAUCAUUGGAUUAUUACUUUGGUUGACUGAGUCUUUCAUCUCUCCUUUGAGCCUGAAAGCUCUCAGCCCAUUUGUUUUGUAAGAAUGUCUUACAAGGAACAAAUGGAGCUUUCUUCCUCAUGUGUACACCAUUCAUGGAACGAGACAUAUCUAAAUAUAUCAAAUGUUGCUUCCAUCAGAACAUCAAUGCAAAACAAGGUCUUCAUUGGCUUCCAGAGCUAAGAUACACUCAGCUGUAUUUUAUACAUUUGUGCACAGAUUUAAGUGAAGAUUUACAUGUUACAUAUAAUAUGUAUAUAUUUACAAUAAAUAAUUGCUCAUAUUUUAUAUUUUU